CAAUUCUUAUUGUCCUAUAGCAGAGAAUGGCUGGUUUGAUGUUUGAUGUAUGAUGGUGGUCCAUAAUAACUGUAUAAAGCAAUUGGAACUGAGGUGCUUCAUACAUUUAUAAGAAUCAUCCUGUGAAACUAUGUGAACAUACAGUAAAAUGAACACUGGGUUUUAUCUUUAGCAGUCAUUCAGGAAGGCAGUGGCCAAAGAGCGCAAGAAGAGUGCUGAUAGAGAGAGAGAGAAGGCUGUUUCAGGCAUGUCACAGAUGUGCGGUGGACAUUAAGCCUUUAUUUGCAAUUGGACUCUAAGUCGCUACUCCUCCCUUAAGAAGUUUAUCCGCCUGUACAUGUAUUUGCGCUACAGUCACAAGAGGGGGGAUGAAGACAACGCAAAGUGGGUGGUUUACUUUGAGAAGUGUUUGGUUUAAAAGAGAGAGAGAAAGAAAGAGAGAGAGACAGAUAAAGUUGAGGCAAGCAAGGAAGUCAGAUUACAGCACUCUAUAAACAUCUUACAGUGCUUACCAAGACAUCUUACCAGUGAACAAGAGCCUUGUGAAGACAGAGAGGAGGAUAUAACACAUCUUUGUACUCCUUUUCUUUCAACGAGAAGAAUGAAAUCUCAAAUAAAGAGAACGUUUUCAAACUUCUUCUUUGAAUACGAAACUCCUCGACAGGUUCUGGUCAGGAACAAAAGAGUUGCAGUUGUGUGCCGAAUCAUCCAAAUGGGUGUUCUAGCUUACAUCAUUGGGUGGGUGUUCAUGUAUGAGAAAGGCUACCAGAUAGUAGAUAUUGCCAUAAGCUCCAUCUUCACCAAGAUGAAGGGAGUGUCCUUCACAAAUAUCAGCGAAAAGGAGCGGAUAUGGGAUGCAGCUGAUUAUGUUUUUCCUGAACAGGGUGACUCGUCUUUUGUUGUGAUGACGAACUACAUUGCCACUGUGGGACAGAAACAGGACAAAUGUCCUGAGCUGCCAGAUGGGAAGAACAAAUGCACUUCUGACGCACACUGUGAUGAGGGCAAAUACAAACGUAUGGGAAAUGGGCACAUGACGGGCAGGUGUAUAAACGAUACAAGUACUUGUGAGAUCUACUCCUGGUGUCCAGUUGAAGAUGACCGUAAAAUACCAGACCCUCCAGUCCUGCUGACAGCAGAAAACUACACACUGUUCAUCAAAAACUCGAUUACCUUUCGCCAGUUUAAUGUAGUAAGGAGUAACUUGGUGGAGAGUGUGAAUCAGAGUUACAUCAAUACAUGUUUGUAUCAUCCCAAGACUGAUCCACUGUGUCCUAUCUUCAGACUGGGAGACAUUGUUGAGCGUUCUGGGUUCAGUUUCUCAGAGAUAGCUCGUGUGGGUGGUGCUAUAGGAGUCCUCAUCGACUGGGACUGCAAUCUGGACCUGAGUAUCAGACACUGCAAACCAAAGUAUGAAUUCUAUGGUCUUUAUGGAACGGGGAAAAAUGAGGACAAAGAAGAGAAACCAUCACUGGGAUACAAUUUUAGAUAUGCGAAAUAUUAUGUGGAGAAUGGGGUGGAAAAGAGAACGCUAAUGAAGGUGUUUGGUGUACGGAUAGACAUCAUUGUUCAUGGACGGGCAGGAAAAUUUGAUAUCAUCCCUACGUUGACGGCUAUAGGCUCAGGAGUAGGAAUCUUUGGAGUGGCAACCGUUGUGUGCGAUUUGCUCCUCCUAUAUUUUGUUCCAGAGAGAGAUUUCUACAAAAACAUGAAAUUCAAGCAUACAGAAAUCGGGGAAGAGAAGCCAGCCUUGCCCCAGUCAAAGACCGAAAGAGAUCUACCGAAGGAGUGAAGUCUGGAUGGCUGCCAUGACGACUGACUACUGCACAAGAGAGAGAGAGAGAGAGAGAGAGAGAGAGAGAGAGAGAGAGAGAAAACACCUCAACACUGGAGCUUCAACAAGACGGCUGGGAGACUUGACACAGAACUGUCAGACAUCACUUUUCCUUUCUAAAUAACAUUUCCUUCCCAAACUACUGAGGAAAGACAUUAAAUCAGUGUUAUGAUUUAAGACAUAACUAAUAUCCACUGAAUGUGUUCAUAUUGAGAGGCUUAGGACUGUAAAGGUACACAAUUGUAUGAGGGUUUUGAGGUCUUUACAAGGUUCCCAAAGUUUUUGGCAAUUACCAUGUAAUGUCUGGAUAUGUCACCCAUAUUCAACUCUGGAUAAUGUAUCACCUUAAAAUUGCUAUUUUUAUUUACUGAUAGGUGUUUUGUAAAGGUUUUGUUGUUGUUUUUGUAGCAAGUCAAACUGUUGAGCCUACAAUUUUUGUGAAAUAAAUCUUAGAUGGUUAGUCAACCAUAUGAGGUUGAAACUAACCAGCUCUGAAAGACAGAAAGGUGAGUGAUUUAGGCCUUUUGUUUUAGCUCAUUCACAAAACACUGAGCCAAGAAACCUAGGAUGCUCAAAGGAUCUCAAAGGUCUGUUAUUUUAUUAUUAGUACACAGCCGUCUGGACUACUUGAUUUUAAUGCAGCAUUCAAUGGUCAAAUAUAUCAGAAACAAUGACACAUUCCGACCACUUAUCCAGGAAACUCUUAGCUGUGCUUGUGUUCUGUCUCUAAAAUUAUUACUCAAAUCAAUAUU